CAGGGAUUCCUCUGUCCCAAAUUUCGCCGAGCGGUGCCUGUUAUUGUGUGUCACAUGUCGCAAGCUCCCGGGGGUGGGGGCAAUGUGUAGGGCGGUCAUCUUCUCACACCGUGCUCGCCAUUCUCCAGUGGAUGUUUAACUCACACAGCUAUGGUCAUCACCAGCAAUAUCUGUGUACAGAGCCUACAGCUCCUGUUAAGCCUCGGCCUAUUCCCAGGGUUUGGCCUGACAGAAGUCCACAUCAACACAGAGAACGACGACUGCAGACUUCUGACGACCAUUGUGCCAAUCACGAGGCAAAUGACCAUCAACCAAAAUGGACGACCGAUAAACGCUAUGUGCAUAGGUCAAGCCACACUCAACAAAUGUGAGGGAAUGUGUGAGUCGAGCGUAACUCCAAGUGUCAACCUGUAUCCAGGCUUCAAGAAGAACUGCCGCUGCUGUAAGGAGAAGACAACCGAGUCUAAGGAAGUUCUGCUGACUCAGUGCUACAAGGAUAAGACCGAGAUCAUGAGUCAGAGCGUCAGCGUCGUGGUCAAGGACAUUACCAGCUGUCAGUGUGAGAGGUGUGAGGGCUGACCAGCACAAACGCCCUUGUCUGCUUUUUAAAAGAGGAUUAAUUCAAUCAUACUUUAGCUGCAUAACAAAACUCGUUGGUUAUUUCCCUUUAUUAGAAGCCGCUUAAAAUAAAUAAAUCUCAAGAUUUUUGCUUAGAUCAUAAAAAAGUAUGCUAAAUUGAAAUUUUAAAUUUUUUAAAAUCAAUUUUAUCUGUUUGAUGUAUUGUUAUACUCUUGAUGUUUAAACUCCACUAAAAUGUAGGCCUACACUUGUAGCAAUGGAGCUAGUAGAACCACGGCAAUGUUUCACCAAUCUCAUCAUUCAUCUCGUCAUUAGCGCUGGUCACUACACACUACAUCUAUCACAGAGGUUCUCAGUAUCUUGUGCUUACCCCC